UAUCUUCACUAAUCCUUCUGUUUUUCCAUCUUCUACACGUUCUCAGCAGCUUCACUUUCCUCUCCUCCUUCCAUCCUCGGUAUUUCUCUGUCGUCUGUUUAAAGCGCUUCUACUCAUCCAGAGUACGUUUGACUGCUUUAUUCACAACUACAAUGCAAACUUUUACUCCAAACUGUGGUUAAUAAAACCUUCUUACUUCGGAGACGUGACCCUGAAUCUUUUGCUCCUCCUAAUUGCUCCAGAGUCUUUCCUGAGGCUGUGCUGGUAAAUGAUGGGAUAACUGCAACCCUUCACCUCUGCUGCCCGUUCAGCUGCAAACCGACGCCAUCAGAUGUUAUCAUUACGUUCUGGGCUGAGCAUGGAGAGAGAAAGAGUCAGCACCAUGAAGAUCUUCCUCACUCCGGUGAUGCCCUUCCUGCUCUUCCUCAUCCUCCCUGAUGGCAUCUUCUCCAGCAGCUGCCCCAAAGAUUGCUCCUGUUCCACUCCAGAAUCCAUCCUGUGUUUCCAGAGACGAUCCUCCAGCAUUCCCAGAGGCGUGGACCCAUCCACCAAAAGCAUCUACCUCUUUGCCAACGGGAUUGAAGGCUUAAGAGCUGAGGACUUUGAUGGUCUAGAGAACUUGGAAAUGCUGGACCUCAGUCAAAACAAACUGACCCGCCUUCCUGACAGGGUAUUUGAACCUUUAACUUCUUUGAGAAACCUGGACUUGUCAUCCAACCAGAUCACCCACAUUUCAGAGGAAUGUUUCCACGGUAUGACGCUGCUCGAGCGCCUUUACCUGUACAGUAAUCACAUCAAGACCAUCCACCCAGCGGCCUUUAAUGGCCUGGAGCACCUGCUGGAGCUCAAACUGCAGGGUAACCAGCUGACAUACCUGCCGGCUCUCUCAAUGCCCCGACUGCUGCUGCUGGACCUUCGCUUUAAUGUCUUACCCAACUUGGGUCCUUCAGACAUCCAGACGCCAAACUUAGAGGCACUCAAACUGGGUGGAGUGGGGCUAACCAGCCUAAACAAGGAGCUCAUAGGCAGUCUGAAGAAUCUCCAUGAACUGGAUAUUUCAGGAAACCAACUCGAGUCCUUCCCCUCGGUGCUAAAGGAGACCCCAGGGCUGCUUCACCUCAGCCUGGCUGGGAACCCAAUGGGUCCUCUUAAGGUUCAGGACCUACAGAACCUCAGGGAGCUGUAUGAGUUGGACAUUAGCAGCCUCAGUCUGCAAGGCCUCCCUGAAGAGUUGUCCCAGCUCUUCCCCAACCUCAGAAAGCUCACAGCAGCAGAAAACCCCUUCAACUGCCUCUGCAACUUAGCGUGGUUCCCGAGAUGGCUCAGGGCUCAGAGCAUCACCUUGGAGAGAACUGAGGAGACCCGCUGCCAUUUCCCACCCAUCAAUUCUGGAAAGGUGUUAGAAAGACUGGAGCACAGGGACUUUGGUUGUCCCACCACGACGACAGUCACCACCAGCACUGUGAGAACUACCACCACCCCAUCUGCUACUGUCACCGCCUUCCCCACUACCACCAGAGCUGAUCCUGCCCCCAGGCCCAGCGACAACCCGACCGACCAGGAGGGAAACCUGCCCCUACCCCCCGUCCCUGCCUCCCCUAGCAGCAGCAGCAUGGACCAAGGUGAGGAGCAGCACUUCUGUCCCUCUCACACCUGUCUGAAUGGGGGUACCUGCCGAUUGGACCAGCACGGUCAGGUGGAGUGUACCUGCCCACAUGGUACCGUUGGCAUGUAUUGUGAAGUCCAGAACCACCCCCCGCCUUCACCACCUGACACUGAGCCCCCCAUGGCAACGGUCACUAACGAUGCACUGGACAUCAGCUCACAUCAAGCAACUGCAACCUCCAUCCUGCUGGACCUCCACCGCUACAUUGAAAUGAGGCCUUACAUCCGUGGAAUCCGUUUAACCUACCGCAACCUCUCCGGACCGGACCGCAGGCCGAUCCAGCUCAGCCUCCCUGCAUCCUUCCCAGAGUACAGACUCAGAGGCCUGAAUCCCAACUCCACCUACACUGUGUGUGCCAGUCCGUUAGGAGCUCCCAGCGGCGUAGACAGUGUCUGCACUGAGGCCCAUACGGCCCCUGAGACCACCAGGGGCCCUGACGCACAGUUUGAGGACCCAAAGCUAACCACCAUGCUGGUGCCUGCAAUCGCUAUCUUGCUUCUUGUGGUCCUGAUAGCAGUAGUGGUGGGGGUGGUAUGCUAUCUCCGCAGAAAGAGGGCCAAGGGCCACCUGGACCUGGAGUGUGAGCCCUCCCAGCUAGAGCUGGACGGGGUUAAAGCUGGACUGGACAACGGGGCACUUCCUCAAAAACAGCCCCAACUCAUGAUCCCUGAACCUGCUGUUCAAAACAGCAAUCUGGAAUAUGAGGUGUUGCUCCUACAAGACCACUGCACAUCAAAUAACAACACGUCCUCGCACAAGCCUUCCUACUUCUGAUAGUAGCUUUGAUUACUCAGAUCUAAAGGAGGAGAUUUAAGGUGAAAAGAGCAGAAACUGCUGUUUGUGAAAGUGGAGGACACAUCAUCAGCUGACCAGCUGGAUGUAGCUGAGCGUCCUUUGGUUGUCUAAGCAGACAUUAAACAAGUUCAGAAACAUUUGUUUGGACUUAAACAUUAAAAGUGCUUCAGCUCCAUGGACAUGCUGCGUACUGCUUCAGAACAUUCAGCUGUGAUGCUGGGACUGAUGCUGUGUUGUGAUUGGCUGUGGGUUUCAGAGACGUGAUGCCUUCACUGCCCUUCCAACAGCCCGACUGAACAUGCUGCCUUCCCAGGACCCCAAAGGGAUCAGUGCUUGCUGUGAAUGACCUUUCAGACACCAAAUGAAGUUGUGCAGAGAAAACACAUGAUGCUUGUGAUGCUUUAUUUGGCACAAAAACUUUGUAUUUUUUUAUGUCUGUUUCUAGAUGUUAUUUUUUAUUGUGGAACUUAGUGACUGUUAACAGCCUCAGCUGCCUCCACCUCCUGUGACUAACAGACAAAACAGCAGAUUAAAAUCUUUGAAGAUUAAAACUCGUUUGGUACCAGUAAAGUCAAUCAAAGGGCUUUGUCCCCAGAAUGUCAGACAGACUAAGUAGUUGUGAGUCUGGACACAGUCGAGACUAAAUCCUCCACCUUCACCGCUCUGCCAUCAGAAAGAGGGAGAAUAAUCAGGAUUACUGGAAGGUACAGACUGACUGAACUCCUCUGUUUCAGGGUUUCACCCAUUUUAGAGCUUAUCGUAGCUCCAGUAGACCAGCGCACAGGAGACUUUAUUUAUUUAUUCCCUGUAAUGGAAACUGUGUUUUCCCAACCACCGGUCACAUUCAGCACACGACUGCUGACAGCUAGGAAAGCAAACAGUGGGUGUGUAUUGUGUUUCCCUUGAGUAAAAAUAGUCUGCUUGAUGCAACGCUAUGCACGAUUUCUGCUGGCAAGGAGGGCCGAGUUCUGCUGGACUAUCAGCAGAUCUGAGAACAUGAAGCUAGAGUAGCAUUCUGAGAGUGUGUGUGUGUGUGUGUGUGUGUCUGUGUGUGUGUGUGUGUGUGUGUGUGUGUCUGUGUGAUAAUGCCGGUACAUGUCCUGUCUUGUGCAGAGACCUGCAGACAUCAGGUUAUCUGUUUCUAUGAGCCCUCAUGCCUCAGAGUACUUUAAGCCCCAACAACUGAUCCUGGAGGUAAACCCACCAAAGACACAUCUGUGAACAUCUGUAAAGUUACCUGCAGUAUUUCCAUCCCACGCUGAUAAAAUGCCUUCAAAAUCCACCAUCAAGUAAUGCAACUGGAAUAUUUGUCUGUAAAAUACAUUGAAGAUAACCAAACGUGUUUUCGAUGUGACUGUUAAUUUUUCCCUGUUAAUUUUGGGAAACUGCUUGUUGUCAUUUGUUGUUUUUUUAUUCUGUGAGCUUAUUUGUACAAGUGGAAAAAGUGAUAUUAUCAUUAAAUGAAUAUCCGAAAGUAAAA